UUAAGCAAAUUUCUCAAGGCGCAGAGAAGUGUUCUUCCGUUUUCUGACUUAACCGAGUACCAGUAGCCAAAUUUAGUCGAUCCUUUCAGCGUCCGAACGCCUGCUUCGCGCGUACGUUUGCCUCUGUACUGACACCGCGGAUCACUCUAUAUACACACAGACAUAGUGUGCCUAGCUGCCGGCAUUCUUCCUUCCUCUGUUUUGUGGAUAGUAUUCUGCUUCGGCCUUCGGUGCUCUCGCUGAUAUCCGCCACACAUCCCUUUUUAUCCGCAACCAUGCCUUUCCAAGCUCCAGAAUGCCCCAAGUGCCCGCGAUGCGGCAAAUCGGUUUAUUCCGCAGAGGAACGAGUGGCCGCUGGUACCAAGUGGCACAAGCAGUGUUUCAAAUGCGAUAUGUGCAACAAGCUUUUGGACAGUGUAAGUGUUGCGGAACACGAAGGACGACUGUACUGCAAGAUCUGCUACGGACGGAAACACGGACCUAAAGGAUACGGUUUCGGCCAGGGAGCCGGCACUCUCAGCAUGGACGUUGGUGCUCAAUUCGGCAACACCCAAUCCGCAAUGUCCAACGUUCCUCAGACCGGCAUGCAGUUUUAGAGGAUUUUAUCCAUCCCUCUACUGCACUGGUGUCGAAUUACAUCCUACACGGAAUAUAAACAUGAACCAUUUAGGACAAUUAUUAUUUCUGGCCUUUUAAUUUCGGUGGGGACAUUUCUACAUCCAUCUCGGAUAUAUAUAUAUAUUUAAAAAAGGUGAUGGCACACUUUUCACUCUAUCCGUCGCUUUCAUCCAUCCAUCCGCCAACCCACACACAUCCAAUGUGAAAGACCGCUUUGUAACUUGAUAUAUACCGACAUACUACCAUUUUUUUCAGAGACCACUUUCAAGAUAUUCUCGUCACGUUCUCUCUCGAUGUUUAGUUUUACACUGACUAAUUGAUAGAAGUUUGAAAAAAUCAUAUUAUAAAAAUCAGUUUUCUUUGUUUGGUUGGUAGAUUUGUUCUGUUGCUUUUCGUAAAUCGCUGCUUUUGAGUUGUAAGGUUACUUUGGCUUGUACUGCUCAACCGUCGCUUUUACGCUUUGUAAUGUUCAGCUGGCGCCGUAUGCAUUUAAUGCUGCUUUCUCCGGCUUUUUCUUACGAUGAGACGAAUAAAAAUUGAAAAUUG